GACCCACACAGCAGCAGCAGCAGCAGCAGCAGCAUCAACAGCAGCAGACCGUGCCUUUGCAUCAUCUGAACCCACACAGCAGACACUUAGGGAGACAGGGACUCGUAGGACAGCAAGGAUGCGUCUGGACCUGCAGUGGCUGGCCUGCCUGGCUCUUUGCCUCGCGGUUUUCUCAACACAUGCCAAUGCAGACGCACGCAUCAAAUGCCCAGAGACAUGCAGCCCUCAGAAGACUGGUGUCAGGACCCUAGCCGAACUGUCAAAGACAGCCUGCAUUAAGUCGACUGAAUUCGUGUUUGAGGUGCAGGUGGAGAAUGCUGAGUCAUCUCUGCACACAGACGCGUACAACAUGACAAUCCUCGAAGUUUUAAAAAACGGCAUGGACAGCCCCCAAGGUGAGAAUCGAGUGUUCAUCUCUCGCCCCUCCUGUAAGCAAAAGCUGGACCUGAAAACUGGCAAAACCUACCUGAUUAUGGGCAAUGGCAACAGCAUCAAAAAGGUGGCCGGGAGGUACCACUACCUGUUUGAUGAACAAACCUGGGUGCAGUACUGGCCUACGGACACAGAGGGCGCCACUAAACAAUUUCAAACCCAGUACAACAACCUGGAGCAGUUCCGUAAUGACAUGUUCUACGGCUGCAAAAGCCGCUGAGCAAACACACACAGAGGGAGAGAGAGAGAGGGAGAGAGAGGAAGAGAGAGAGAGAGAGAGAGAGAGAGAGAGAGAGAAUGGAUAAAAGAUGGUUGUGAAGAGUUCAUAGAGAUGAUCUUCCUGUAAAACAAAAACAGGGGAUAUGAGUCUCCUUGUAAUUGUCCAGGGGGAAGACAAAGUGUGUGAUGAAAUAAAAAAGUAAGCAGA